AAAAUUAAAAUUAUGGUAAAUACAUACAAAAAUUUAGUAGAAGAAUAUAUGGGAGUUACCCACACUCAAUACAAUUUAAUGAGUAGUGAAGAAAAAUGUGAAAAAAUGCUUGAACUUUUAACCAAGGACAAUGAGUUGCUUGAUGAUGAGGAUGAGUUUGCAUAUAGAAAUUUAAACGCUUUAAAUGAGUUAUUACUUGUUAGAGAAGAGUUAGGUGAUAAUGUCCUUAUGACUUUAAUGGUGAGACUAGCAAGGCGGAAAAAAAGUAAAGAAGAACUUGACAAUAUAGUAAAAAAAAUAAACAUUUUUCCAGAAAUAAAAAAAUAUUUCGAAAACUAUGCUAUUUCCCAAUUCAGUAGCAAAUUUGAGCAAAAGUAUGGAAAAAAUUUAGAAGCGUAUUCAAAAAAAAUUGUUGUUGAGGGGAUAGAAGAAAUUAGUAAAGUAGAAAAAUUGCUUAAUUCUAUUAACUAUGGAGAAAAAAGGUUUUUAGGAACUGAAAAAAAAUUUUUAACAAAAUUAAAAAGAGAAAUAGAAAGUUUAAAAGAUUUUGAUACUGCGAAGUCCGAUGUUGUUAUGGAUGGCACGGAAGAAAUUAAAAAAUUAGAAGAAAAAAUAAAAUCUUUGGAAAAGGAAAAUUUAGAGAUUCAACAAUCAGUUAAAAAAAGAAUUACUGAUAGAGAAAAUAAAAUAUUCGCCGAACACCGAAAAGAAAAAAUGCAUUGA